GGAGUCGGCGGCGGCCGGAGCGGGGAGCGGAGCCCGCACCGCAUCCCCGGGAACCGCAUCGGCGGCGAGACGGGGCGGGGGAGAGGAGCGGGGAAACCGCCCCAAAACCGCCCCUGAGCGGCCACAAACCCCGGCGGAUUCCCUGGCUUGAGUCCGGCUCCGCAUCCCCGGCUCCGCAUCCCGGGCAUCCAUCCCCGGUUCUAUCCCGGGCUCCAUCCCUGGGGCUCCAUCCCCGGUUUUAUCCCGGGGCUCCAUCCCAGUUCUAUCCCGGGGCUCCAUCCCCGGGCUCCAUCCUCGGCUCCGCAUCCCGGUUCUCUCCCGGGGCUCCAUCCUCGGCUCCAUCCCGGUUCUCUCCCGGCUCCAUCCCGGUUCUCUCCCGGCUCCAUCCCUGUUCUCUCCCGGCUCCAUCCCCGGCGCUGCGGGCUCAGCAUGGGCGGAGGAGCCCCGCGCCUGCACCGGCGGCUGCUGCUGCUGCUGCUGCUGGGGCUGUGCAGCUGGACGGCCGCGCUGCGAGGAAAUGAGAACAGCGAGGCCCUGCCCGAGUCCAUCCCCUCGGCCCCGGGGACCCUGCCCCAUUUCCUGGAGGAGCCGGACGAUUCCUACAUCAUCAAGAGCAACCCCAUCGUGCUGCGCUGCAGGGCCGUGCCCGCCAUGCAGAUCUUCUUCAAGUGCAACGGGGAGUGGGUGCACCAGAACGAGCACGUGUCCCACGAGAGCCUGGACGAGGCCACAGGGCUGAAGGUGCGAGAGGUUUCCAUCAACGUGACGAGGCAGCAGGUGGAGGAUUUCCAUGGCCCUGAGGAUUACUGGUGCCAGUGUGUGGCCUGGAGCCACCUGGGCACCUCCAAGAGCAGGAAGGCGUCGGUGCGCAUCGCCUAUCUACGGAAGAACUUUGAGCAAGACCCCCAGGGCAAGGAGGUUCCCAUCGAGGGGAUGAUUGUCCUGCACUGCCGGCCCCCCGAGGGCGUCCCUGCGGCCGAGGUGGAGUGGCUGAAGAAUGAGGAGCCCAUUGACUCCAACCUGGAUGAGAACAUCGACACCAGGGCCGACCACAACCUCAUCAUCCGCCAGGCGCGCCUGUCCGACUCGGGCAACUACACCUGCAUGGCUGCCAACAUCGUGGCCAAGAGGAGGAGCCUGUCAGCCACCGUGGUGGUCUAUGUGAACGGGGGCUGGUCCUCGUGGACAGAGUGGUCGAGCUGCAACGCGCGCUGCGGCCGGGGCUGGCAGAAACGCUCGCGCACCUGCACCAACCCCGCGCCCCUCAACGGGGGAGCCUUCUGCGAGGGCAUGUCCGUGCAGAAAAUCACCUGCACCUCCCUCUGCCCCGUGGACGGCAGCUGGGAGGUGUGGAGCGAGUGGUCAGUGUGCAGCCCCGAGUGCGAGCACCUGCGCGUGCGGGAGUGCGCGGCCCCCGCGCCCCGCAACGGCGGCAAGCACUGCGAGGGCCUGAGCCAGGAGUCCGAGAACUGCACCGAGGGGCUCUGCAUCCAAGAUAAAAAACCUCUUCAUGAAAUAAAAUCCCAAAACGUGGAGCGCGGCGGGGACAUCGCGCUGUACUCGGGGCUGGCGGCGGCGGUGCUGGCGGUGGCCGUGCUGGCGCUGGGGGUGACCCUGUACCGGCGCAGUCAGAGUGAGUACGGCGUGGAUGUCAUUGAUUCCUCUGCACUCACGGGAGGCUUCCAGACUUUUAAUUUUAAAACAGUCAGACAAGGUAACUCGCUGCUCCUGAACUCGUCCCUGCAGCCCGAGCUGACGGUCAGCAGGACCUACAGCGGCCCCAUCUGCCUGCAGGACCCCCUGGACAAGGAGCUGAUGACAGAAUCGUCCCUGUUCAACCCCCUGGCCGACAUCAAGGUCAAGGUGCAGAGCUCCUUCAUGGUGUCCCUGGGCGUCAGCGACAGGGCCGAGUACCACGGCAAGGCCCCGCCUGGGAGCUUCCCCCAGGGCACCCCCAGGCCCUUCGGGACCAUCCAGGCCAGGAACAAAGCCAUGUUCAUCCAGAGCCUGGCCUCCAUCUCCAGCAGCAGCGAGCUGAGGAGCACGGCCCUGUUCGGGCACCUGGGCGGCCGCUUGGUGAUCCCAAACACAGGGGUCAGUCUGUUGAUUCCACACGGAGCCAUUCCAGAGGAGAGCUCCUGGGAGAUCUACCUGGCCAUCACCCAGAAGGAGUCCAGCCUGGAGCCCGAGGGCCCCGAGGUGCUGCUGGGGCCCGAGGUGAGCUGCGGGCCCCCCGAGCUGGCUGCGAGCUCCCCGUGCGCCCUGAGCAUCCCGCACUGCGCCCACGCCGACCCCCAGCACUGGAGCAUCCGCCUCAAACGGAGGACGCAGCACGGCAAGUGGGAGGAAGUGAUGUCUGUGGAAGAGGAAACUACUUCUUGCUACUGCCUGUUGGAUCCUUAUGCCUGUCACAUUCUCUUAAACAGCUUUGGAACUUAUGCCCUAAUUGGGGAACCCAUCUCUGACUGCGCCGUUCGACAGCUGAAAGUCGCCGUUUUUGGCUGCCUGUCUUGCAAUUCUCUGGAUUACAAUCUGAGGGUUUAUUGUGUGGAUAACACCCCUUGUGCAUUCCAGGAAGUGGUUUCAGAUGAAAGGCUCCAAGGGGGGCAGUUGCUGGAGGAACCCAAAAUUUUGCAUUUCAAAGGCAACACCUGCAGCCUGCAGAUCUCAGUGCUGGACGUGCCUCCCUUCCUGUGGAGAAUCAAACCCUUCACUGCCUGUCAGGAGGUGCCGUUCUCCCGCGUGUGGCGCGGCAGCUCCCGGCCCCUGCUCGGCGCCUUCUCCCUGGAGCGCUUCAGCCCCGCCACCACCCAGCUGUGCUGCACCGUGUGCGUCCGGCAGCUGCAGGGCCACGAGCAGCUGCUGCACGUCCAGACCUCCGUCCUCGAGACUGAGAGAGAAAACAUCACCUUCUUUGCCCACGAGGACAGCGCCUUCCCCGCCCAGCUGGGCCCCAAGGCGUUCAAGAUCCCGCGCUCCAUCCGGCAGCGCAUCUGCGCCACCUUCGACUCGCCCGGCGCCAAGGGCAAGGACUGGCAGAUGCUGGCCCAGAAAAACAGCAUCAGCAGGAACCUGUCGUUCUUCGCCGCCCAGAGCAGCCCCUCCGCCGUCAUCCUGGACCUGUGGGAGGCGCGGCACCAGCACGACGGGGACCUGGACUCGCUGGCCUGUGCCCUGGAGGAGAUUGGAAGGACACACUCCCAGCUCCCAGACGUGGCUGAGCCCGAGCUCGAGGAGCCCGAGUUCCCCUGCAGCAGGAACGGGCUUUAGCACCUCUGUGCAGGACACACAGCCCUGAGCCCAGAGCCAGGGGACAGGGACAGGGGACAGGAGGUGCCCCUGGGGAUGGAACUCACCCCGUCAGUGGCUAUGGGAGGAGCAGAAACAGCCCUGCUAAAAACCCUCUGGUGAUGAGGAAAACAAGCUUCUCCCCGUCCUCCCCCACUCCAAACCCGCCUGUUGGUGCCCCAAGCCAACCUGCACUCGUGUCAGUCCCGGGGCAGGAGGGACAGACACAGAGCCAUAGGAGGUAAAUGUCGUUGUGUAUUUAGGAACAGUCAUGUUCAUGUGAUGCCUAGUGAAAAUCAACAGAUAAUGGUGGAUGUUUCGAGCCACUGGAGGUUGGUCCUGGUUAAAAGGUUUCUCACUUGGAGAGUGGUUUAAAAUCCCAUCACGUUGUCACUUUAUGUCUGCUGCAGGAAAACUGAAAAUUUGGCCUUAUCCUGUUCAGAUGUUUGAGGAAUUAGAAGAUCUCAUCAUUAUUUCAUAUCAUGCGUGUUCCAAAUAAUUUGUUUUAAAAAUUCAGCCCCUUAAUGAAUGUACAUUUGCUGCAGAGCUUUGCUGCCUGCUCUGUUACCAAAAUUCCAGAACAAACCCCUUCUCUCUGAGACUGGGGGGUGUGCACACGCAAGAGGAAUUUUCUAAUUUUCUACGUCUGCAAACUUUCUUAGUCAAAAACUGUCUUUGGGGGUGGAUUUAAAUAACCAAAUAACACACGGGAAAUUUCCAGCCCUGUUUUAGCAAGCUGAGAUAUUUAUUUUUAUUACUUCAUGCUCUGAGCUGAAGGUGGAGGCAAUCAGCACAGCUUCACUUGGGUUUGGUUUCAGGUUGAAACCACAAACCCCACACGGCACUGCCAGCACUGGCCUUGAUUUUGUUGCACAAUUUGGGAAUUUCAGAUGAAAUUCAGAGGAUCCAGAGCUGGCUGUGUUACCUUGCUUUAGUAACAAAUUGUAUUUAUCCCCAAAAUCAGAUUCUAACUGGGGAAUUCGCCUCGUUUUUUAUCCAUUCCAUGAAAAUUUGAUUUAUGAUUUCAGCCAAACCAAAAAGAGCUGUCACUGUGAGUGAGGGCCUGGUGGAGCUGCCACUGUCACCAAUUUUUUUUCCAUUCUUUUCACUCCCAUCCUUCACCACAACCGAGGUGCUCCUCAGUCCUGGCUGCCAGGCCACAGUCAGGAAAAACAGAAAUGAGGCUUUGGGAGCUUUGUGGAAAUGCAGGAAACCCAGAACAAGGAUUUGGGGGCUGGUUUAGCCUCGUGUUUGGCUGAGAGCAGCAGGACAGCCCCCAGGGUAGGUCCAGUCUGGAAUUAUUCCUUCUCCAGAACUGCAGUGUGAAAAUCUGAAUAACAACAACAACAACAGCAGCAGCUCUGUGCUUGCUCCUGCUGCUCCAAAAUCACCAAUGUGUGUUCCUGCCCAGCCCAGGAACAGGCUGAGACUUGGAAAUCCUGAGAGCUGUGCAAACAUUUCCUGCAGCUCAGCAUCUCCUGGCGCCCGGCAGCUUUUGGGGCAGACAGAAAUACCGGCUGCAAGCUGUCCCUGCUUUCUGGGCUGGAAUUGUAUCUCCAGUGGCUGCCAGUCCUCCUCCUCCUCCUCAGAAACCUGCUCUUCGUUGGGCAAAAUGUCAGGCAUUAGAAAAAACAAAACAAGGAGAGGCACCCAGGGAAAGAGAGGAGCUGCCGUUGUCGGGGAAACCAGCACGGUGUGUGCAGCAGGGGAUUUGUUCUGAGCGCCUCCGAGCAGCUCUGCUCCCCAGCACAGCCCAGGGGCUCCGUCCCACCCUGCAGCCUGCUCCCCGAACCCAGGCAGCUCCCCCAAAAUCCUGGGGCCAAAGGAGCUGCGAGCCCGGUGCCUCCAGCCUUUGCUCAGGGAGCAGCCGGAGUUCUGUGCAGCCUGGGCUGGUCUCACAAAGCUCAGCUCAGAGGGACCCCAGCCUGGGCUGGUCUCACAAAGCUCAGCUCAGAGGGAGCUCAGCUCAGAGGGACCCCAGCCUGGGCUGGUCUCACAAAGCUCAGCUCAGAGUAAGACUCCAGCCUGGGCUGGUCUCACAAAGCUCAGCUCAGAGGGACCCCAGCCUGGGCUGGUCUCACAAAGCUCAGCUCAGAGGGACCCCAGCCCCAGCCCAGAAUCCCAGUUCCACCCAUGAUCCCAUGGAAUUCAGGCCCUGGAAGGGAGCAAAUGCCCAAACUGGACAAUUCCAGAAGGAAACUGCUCCCUCAGGUCAGGGCUCAGCUGGACAUUUCCCUUUAGGUUUUGCUCCCUGGUUUUUCUUCCCUUUGGCUAAAGCAGUUCUUCUUUGCUGAUCUCACUCUGAGAACCUGAAUCAACAACUUUGGAGUUUCCCUUCCUAUUCCUGAUUGUUUUGAUGCUCUUGCGUUCUUCAAAUGAACCAGAAAUGCCCCAAAUAUUUAUUUCCUUUCUCUUAAAGACCUUUUGGAAAUCUGUGCAUGUAUUUAUAUAAUUUGACCCAAAACACAGAUAUGGAGGAGCACCUGGAAAAGGAUUAGAGGCCAGAAAUUAAAAAUUCAUUCCUUUCUUCUGUUGUAUAAAUUAUGAUACUUGAAAAACAAUUUUUAGUAGAAACUAAAAGAAAGAGAAAUGUGAUUUUCUCCCUUGUAGAUUCCACGUGGCUGCCCUGGCUGUGCUCAGGGGAAGGAGCCAUUCUGAUUUUACAUCACCAAAGAAUCUGCUUUAAUAGAUUUUCAUCUUCCUGAGCACUUUGCCCAGGUAUUUCUGUGCCAUGAGUCAUUGCAGACUAAUGGCUGCAUUUUAAAAAUGACUCCCAGCUCCGCCAGCGCCAUAAAGCUCAUUUCCAUUCCGUACCGCCCUGCACUCCCACAGAAAUUUUAUUGGGAUUUUUGUAAUAGAUGAAAAGAUACCAACACGAUUCUCUUAAAAUCCAGGGGACUGCUUUUGUCCUUGUUUUUAUCUGUGGCUGCAGCUGCUCUCCCCCUCUCUGGCCUGGGCACUGCUGGCUUUCAGAGAAUCUCAUUCAGCACAAAUCACCAAAAAGGACCUUGCAGGGUCCAGGAUGUUCACAGCACACUGCAAUCCAUUCUUCUUUUCCACCUGCAAGGCAGUGCUGAGUGACUUCUAAAGCAUUCAAUGACUGAUAAUUCCAGAGAGUAUUUCCCACAAAAGGAAGACACAGCUCAGGUCCACGGUGAGUUUAACAAGGCAGGGACUGGGCUGAGCUUCUGGUCACCACCUGAAUCUUCUUUUUUUUUUCAGGCUGGUUCUGCCUGUAAAACACAGAUUGCAGCAAAGAGCUCUGUUAGUUCUUGGCUGGUAAUUAACUGAGUGGAAAGCAGGAAAUGAGAUUUUAAGUCCUUGACAACCAUAGAUGAUGUUCAGGGUUGCUCUCUGGCCUUUCCUGGGCUGAUUCCCCCUGGGAUUUGGGAAGGAGAGGGUGAACAUCCAAGCCCCCAGUGCAGUUCCUCCCACUGUGACCAAUCCCAGCUGAUAAAUGGCUACAAAAACGUGAAGUGUGCACCUUCUGUGGAUUUGGGUAAGAUAAAAGUCUGCUGAGACUCUGAGCAGUGUCAGAUGGGAGAUAUCAAAAUCCCCACUGCAUUUUCAACUCCCAAAACUUUGGACCAGCUCUUAGUUGAAAACGGGAGGAGGAACUUCAACCCAGUCCAACACAAAUAUAAAUAAUUCUUAAAAAAAGAGAAACAACAAAAAAAUCCCACAAGUAUUCCUCUAGAGAGACCACUUUUCUCUUCUGCUCCUUUAUUUUUGCAAUGGAUGGGUUGGGACUGGGUCGGUUCCUGGCUGCUCUGCCUGAGCAUCCCCCCUGCCCCGGGCUCGGCGUGUUUGGGGGGAAGGAGGGCAGAGCUCUGAACCUUUCUGCAGGAUGAAGCUGAAGGAGCGGGCGAGGGAGACUGAACACGGAAUCUAAAGCAUGGCCUUGGCUUCAUACCACACUUUCUGUGCCUUGUUCUAUCGAUGUAAAUUCUGAAUGUUGUACAGUGAAAAUACUUGGGAAAGACUCCUUGGAAAAGGCUGCACUGGCUUCUUUUUUUCAGCACAUGUACAUAUAUAAAUAUCUAUACAUAUAUAUAUAUUUGGUAAUGCCAGGCAGCUGUGUUCUAUUGUCCUGGACAAGUCUGAGUGGACACUUUGGAUGUUUUCUGUCGAGUUUCAGAGCUGUAUGGCCCCGGCCCUUGGGCAGAGAUGUACAGAUGGGAAUUAUGGAG